AGUUUCAGACUGGAGGCUCCAGGGAGCAGUUCUGCUUCAGCAGCUUCAGAGCUUGACCUGCCUGCUACCUUCAAGCCUUCAGGAGACCUACAUGAAGAACUGCAGGAGCCUGGUGGAGGACACCAACCCCAGCCAUCCUGCUCAGGAGGUCCAGAUGGUUCUCAGAGACCUCCCAGCUCAAGGCCUGCUGCCUGACGGUCUGGUGGAGGCCUGCUGUACCUGUCUGCAGCAGUAUGUUCAAGGAAAAGGUCAGGAUUCCAAAUCUCUGGCUGGUUCUGGACUGUUCUGGGUCAACAUGGGCUUGGUACAGAUCCAGCUGUGGACCCCGCAGACCAUCUUUGACCCAGCUGUGAAGAGGGCGUACAAGCUCAACUAUGCUCAGCAGGAGCUGGCUCUGCUGGAGGAUGAGUGGAGAGCACGCAGCUUGUGGUUUCAGCUGAUGACUGGAGCAGAGCUGGAGAUUAGCAGCACCUCUGACUGUUCCCAGCAUCCUCGGCUCAGGUACCUGUGGGUUCGAAUGCAGCAGGUGAAAGAGCAGAUAGCRGAGCUCUCCAGGAAGCAGGCCUACCGUCCACAUGACCCUCAAUAUGGCCGACUCUUCCAGGAUCUCCAGCAUUACCUCUGCAGUGUCGGACAGAGGUCAGCUAUCCAGGAGCUGCUGUCCCACAUGUUGAAGGUCCUGCAGAGCUCCUCCCACUCUGUAAAAUCGAAGUCAGCAGUCCAGGCCCUGCUGAAAGAGGAGGCUGUGUGGCAGAAGUCCCAGCAGCGCUUCUGUCAGAAACUCAUGGAGGACUACUCGUUGUACCCUGAUGUGGUGGAGCCAGUCAGAACUGGCAUCCUCCAGCUGCAGCAUGGAAUGAGGCUGGUGGCCUCUCAGGUGGCUACCUGUCUGACUCCUGUACCAGAUCUGUCUAAGCUGGUCUCCUGCUUGCUGGCGUACCCCACAGUGUCCCGCAGUCUCCCAUCCUAUCUCCUUCGGGCGGACUUCCUGUGCUCCCAGGCUUGUGUUGAUGUUCUGCACAGACUCGAGGAGCUCGUACCCCAGCACGGCCCUGAUGACGUCAUCCCUCAGUCGUCAGCUCUGUUAGUAAACGCCCUGCUGUACGUACAGUGCCACGCGCUGUCUAUUGGAGAGUUUGGUCCUGAGGCGUGCAGCCUCUUCAGACACAUCUGUCAGGCUCUGGUAAACGAGUGGGAUGAACAAGAAAGGCAUAAGAGAGAGCAAGAGCAGCUGGAGUCCAGUUUGUUCCGCAGCCGCAGUCAAACCCACGGCUCUGGACUGACGGAGGACCAACAGGAGGAGSAGGACUUCAGGCUUCAGUUCCCGCAGUUCAACACGGACUUUGAAGAUAUCCUGACCCAGAUGAGUUUGGAAGGUCCAGCAGACGCACAGCUAAAACCUGCAGACAGGUCCUGUCAGGAGGCUCCUGAGGUGGGCUCUCUGUCUCAGUCUGCUGUAAACACACUGGUCCAGGUUCAUCAGCGCAUGUGCCUGGGCUAUGCCAGGUCUCUGUGGUACCAGAGCACAGCUCCAGCCAAUCAAACUCAAGAACACAUCCAGGCCCUGGUUUCUUCUUAUAGGAUUUCAUCUCCUGUCAUCUCAUCCUUCUAUCACCUGAUUGAUUGUGAGUUGGACCAGCAGCUGGCAGGCAGCGGUCUGUUGCUUUCUGCUGUUCUGCAGAACAUUGUGCAGGGGUCGAGGGGUCCCGAUGAGCUGGUGAUGACCUCUGAAGGACCGUAUGACUUCUAUCAGCAGCCCAACAUGAGCGAGGCUCGUCUCAGUCUGCCUGUGUUGGAACAGCUGAUGGAGGCGGUGAAGCAGAGACUGGAGGACUGGCCUGAACACCCUGCUCUCAUGCAGCUGAUUAAAGUCAUAGAGAGGAUCUUGGCUUUCAGUCUGGACAGUCCACUUGCAAAGUUUCUGAACGGUUUGGAGAUCCUGCUCAGUAAAGCACAGGACUGGGAGAACAACGCCAGCAGAUCUGUCUCUCUACGGAAAGAACUGGAAGCAGUCACUCAGCUCAUCAUCCAGUGGCGCAAACUGGAGCUGAAUUGCUGGUCAAACAGUCUGGACAACGCAAUGAAGCGACACACGGAGAAAUCAACCAAACACUGGUUCUCCAUCUACCAGAUGGUUGAGAAGUAUUUAGAAGAGGAGAGGGAGGAGGCAAAUACAGGCGAGAARGCGGAGCAUCUCUCUCUGUCUUCAGUCUGCUCCACUCUCCAAGCUUUCAUGGAGGGAUCCACGGUGGGAGAGUUCCACACCCGUCUAAGAAUGCUGCUCAGCUUCCACUGUCACCUCCUGCUGGUCCCCAACCAACCUGGACGAGAGUCUCUAUCCAGUGUCCUCUGGAACCUCCAUAGAUACUACAGUCAGUUCUCUGAAAGCAUCCAGGCCAGAAUCACUCAGCUCAGACAACCUGUUGAGAAAGAACUGAAGGACUUUGUCAAGAUCUCCAAGUGGAACGAUGUCAGUUUCUGGUCCAUCAAGCAGUCAGUGGAAAAGACCCACCGCACCCUCUUUAAGUUUGUGAAGAAGUUCGAGGCGGCUCUGAACAGUCCAAGUCUUCCUGCUCUGGUGGAACAAGGAGGUGGUGUAGGAGUGGAUCAUGAAGACACUGACUUGAAGGAAAGUCCCCUCCAACAGCUUCAUGGAGUCCUGAAGAACACCCUGCCUGGAGCCGGCAGAGACCUGCACAUCCAGAAUGUCGGUCCUGAUGAAGGAGUUGAAGCAUCGUCCUUACAGGCACGUCUGCCUGCUCUUUCUCAGAGGAUGAAGAAGAUCUGUAGCCAGGUGCAGAGGCAAAACCCAGUGCCUGAUCUGGCUGAAGAUCUGGACUACUUCACAGAUAAAGUCAUCAACAACCUCCAGGAGCUGCAGAGCCUCGCUGCUGACCCAACAGCUGAUAAAGACAAGCAGAAAUCUGAAUUCAAGCACAUCCAGCAGCAGAAGCAGAGAGCUCUGUCUGACCUGUUCAAGAAGCUUUCUGAAAUGGGUUUGUCGUAUCGUAAGGGCCUGACGUGGAACAGGACGGCAGAUUCUGAGACCCCCCUGUGUUUGCAGCCCCUGGAGAUGACCACGGCCCUGUCUGCUGUGAAGAACCAGGAGCUGGCUGAGAGCAGGUUGUUUCCAGAGUUAAAGACGGCGUGGCAUGGAUGUCAGAAAUAUUUCUACCGUUCGUGGGCCAGGAGGAGCGCCCUGCAGACAGCUCUCCAACACGCAGCUAAGGAGCAGUUUUGGCACCAUCUCCUCAGCUGCAGACCACUUGGCAGCUUUGGCUGCUCAGAUGAGCAGCGUGGAGCAGGCCUUCACUGCGGCUGGGAGAGUGGGCGGAGCCAACAUUCAGCCAGCCAUAACUCAGAGCCUUCAUUAUGUUCGAGGACAGGUGGAGGCUUGUGUCACAGAGUUCACUACCUGGAAGAGCCAGAUGCUCUGCUUAGGACCACAACCACCAGAACGCUCUUCUUGCUUUUAUUCUGAGUUCUCAUCGGAGCUGGAGGCGAACAUCAGCAGAGUGCUGUGUGCUGUCCAGACGCUGAUGAAGAGGAGAGAGAAGGAGCAGCAGGAGGACAAACUUGAAGACGUGCAGACAGAAGGUUCAGAGGAGAAGGAGGAGGAGUCUGCAGACCUGCUAAGGCCUGGCCACUUGACUCAGCUCAUGGGGGAGGAGCUAGAAGCAGAGUUAAAGACUCUGUCUGUAGGUGAUGUCAGUGCUGGGAUGAAGAGGCUGCUGAGCCGUCUCAGGARCCACAGAGAUUCCUGUCAGGCAUCAGAGAUGGAGGAGGUGAACAUGGCAUGCAGGAUGUUGGUGCGUGUUGAACCUCUACUCGGGAUUUACUCGGAUCUGGUGCGGCACUACCUGGCUGUGUCACUUGGAGUACACAGGAGCACAGGCAAACUGCUGUCUGUCCUGGCCAGCAUCUUCACUGAGCUUGCUCAGAAGGGAUUCUGUCCGCCUCAGGAGCUGCUGGCUGCUGGAGAUGGAGCUACUGAGUUUCAUGACUUUGAAAAUGGUGGCAUUGGAGAAGGUGAUGGCACCAAAGAUGUCAGCGACAAAAUUGAGAAUGAAGAUCAAGUUGAGGACAACUUUCAGGAGGGUCAGGAGAAGGAAGACGAUGAGAACAAGGAGAACAUUAAGUCAGAAGACAACGCCAUUGAAAUGUCAGAAGACUUUAAAGGCCAGAUGCAUGAUGGGGAUGAGAGUAAAGGUGACGAUGAGGAGUCGGAUGAAGAGGAUGAAGAAGACCUGGACAAAAAGAUGGGAGACCUCGGUGAAGGUCAAACAGAUACUCUGGAUGAAAGAAUGUGGGGGGAUGAUGAGGAGGAGGAAGGAGGAAGUGAGGAGGAGGAGGAGUCUGGACAAGGCAUGGAUCAGGGGGAAUCAGAGCUGGUUGCUAAAGACGAUAACUUGGACGCAGUGGACUCCAACAAGGACAAGAAAAACCAGGACAAAGAUGAACCUCUGAGUGACGAUGAGAAAGAGAAAAUUCAUGAACAAGGAGACGAGAGGGAGUUUGAUGAGAAUGAGGUGGACCCCUAUCAUGGUGAGCAGGAAAAGAGACCUGAACCUGAAGCCAUGGAGCUGCCCCAGGACCUCAACCUGGACCAGGAUGAAGAAGCUGGAGAUGAUCAAGAAAACGAUGAUGAUGGAGAUGAGAAUCCAUUAGACCUCGAUGAAGCCACGAACCAGGAAACAAUGGAGACAGAAGAUAAAAAUGAAGGGGAAGGAGAGCAGGGAGAGGAUAUGGAGGAUCAACAGCCUGAGGAGACAAAUAAUCAGCAACCUGAAACGACGGAGGAGGAGGCUGCUGAUAAAGAUGAAGAAAAUGAGGGAGAGGAGGCAAGAGAAGAACAUGAAAAACAGGGAGAAGAUGAUGUGACGGUACCAGAUGACAAAAGAGAACAAGCAGAGAAGGAGGGUGAAGAUGAAGAUAAGGAUGAAGAGCAGCUGAACUCAGCCGAGAGGAAGGAUCACAGCACAGAUGGUCAAACUGGAGAGGAGAACAUUCAGAGCGACACGGCGGCAGAGCUGGCAGGGGAGGCAGCAGAGAGAGAUGAUGUUAAAGAGGAGCACKGCAGCGGAGCGGCUGAUGCCAGCCAAUCAGAGGGCCAUCAGUCCAAGUUCAUGGCUAAGAUGGCUUCACAAAUACAGACUCGGAGCAAAACUCAGAGUUUCAAGAGAAAACCUGGGCAGGCAGAUAACGAGCGGUCGACAGGUGACCAUAACGAGCGUAUUAGCAAGCGCCUGCGUACGGUGGAGAACAGCAAAGACCAAACUGAAAACAGGCAGCAUGGAGCCCAGCAGGAGUCUGAUCUAUAUGAACACGUCAAACAGGAGGAGACGGCGUAUGACACUCAGACCUACGAUGUUGCCAGUGCAGAGCAACAGAAACCAGCGGAGACUCAACAAAACCAGAAUCCAGAUGAGGAUGAUGAGGACAUUGCCAUGGAAACAGAGGAGCAGAAGUUGGAAGCCGCUGAUGUCCCGGAGCUGAAGCCUGACCAGCUGAACUCUUCUAAAUAUUCACAGAAAGCUGUGGAUAGUGGUGAAAUGGAAACGAAGACGCAGGAAGAGGAAGAGGAGCAAUGCAAAGACCAACAACAGACCAGAGAAGAAGAGCGACGGGAGCGAAGCUCAGAAUCCACAGUUCAUACGGUUCCUGAGCUGCUGCUGCUGGAGUCCAUGCAGACAGCUGAUAGGAACCCUGAAGACCUGAGGAAGGAGAUGGAGCUUCAACUGCAGGCCUGGCACAGACUGUCUGCAGGAACUCAGGAGGAGGAGACUGCAGCAUCUUCCAUGUGGCAUCAGUACCAGGCUCUGACUUCAGGUCUCUCUCAGCAGCUCUGUGAGCAGCUCCGUCUCAUCCUGGAACCCUCUCAGGCCACCAAACUGAAAGGUGAUUACCGCACAGGGAAGCGUCUGAACAUGAGGAAGGUCAUUCCCUACAUCGCCAGUCAAUUCCGCAAAGACAAGAUCUGGUUAAGGAGGACUAAGCCCAGCAAGAGAGAGUACCAAAUCUGUCUGGCUAUAGACGACUCUUCCAGCAUGGUGGACAACCACUCCAAACAGCUGGCGUUUGAAUCCCUGUCAGUGAUCAUCAGCGCGCUCACUCUGCUGGAGGUUGGACAGGUGUCUGUGUGCAGUUUCGGUGAGCAGAUGCAGCUGCUGCAUCCUUUCCAGCAGCAGUUCAAUGACGAGUCGGGGGCUCGGAUCCUCAGACUCUGUCAGUUCCAGCAGAAGAAGACCAGAAUAGCACAGUUUCUGGAGACUUCCACGUCGAUGUUUGUGUCAGCACGCCAGCACCGUCCAGGAUCUGUGAACUCAGAGACGGCCCAGCUGCUGCUCAUCGUGUCCGAUGGCAGAGGACUGUUUCUGGAGGGAAAGGACCGAGUGGUGGCAGCCGUGCAGGCGGCACAGUCUGCAAACAUAUUUGUGAUUUUUGUGGUUCUGGACAACCCCAACUCCCGGGACUCGAUCCUGGACAUCAAAGUGCCCGUAUUCAAAGGACCAGGAGAACUACCGGAGAUCCACUCCUACAUGGAGGAGUUCCCCUUCCCAUUCUACAUCAUCCUGCGGGACGUCAACGCCCUGCCCCAGACCCUGAGUGAUGCCCUCAGGCAAUGGUUUGAGCUUGUUACAGCUGCUGACCAAUGAGAGGCCAGCUUUCAGCUACAGCUGCUGACCAAUGAGAGGCCAGCUUUUAGCUUCAGAUGCUGACCAAUGAGAGGCCAUCUUUCAUUCUGCUGUGAUCCAAUCACACCAGGCAGAACAACGGACACGUGCCCAUAAGUGUUGUUUUCUGUUGAUUUCAAGUGUUAAUAAAAUUAAAUUUUAAUUACAAAUCA